AUGUUUGAAAAAUCUGUAUACCCAGCGCUUGAAGAAGUGCAGAACUCUUUAUCUAAUCAGCAAUUGGAGAUCCUUAGACGUCAAGUAGAAAGCGAAGGUCCAGAUCCUUCAGCCCAGUCGCAGUUUAACUAUGGAUGGGGUUUGAUAAAGGCACCAGAUUCAAAUAGCCAAAGGAAGGGUAUUGAUAUUCUUGGUACUUUAUAUAGAGAUGUUCCUAAGAUGAGACGUGAGAGUUUGUACUACUUAGCCCUCGGGUCUUACAAGGUAGGCGACUACUCCAACGCAAGAAGAUAUUGUGAGACCUUACUACAAAAUGAGCCUGAUAAUGCGCAAGUGAAAGACUUGAGGCAGUUAAUCGAAGAUAAAGUUACGCAAGAAGGUCUUAUCGGCUUAGGAAUUGCUGGUGGUGUAUUGGCUGUAGGUGUUGGUAUAUUGGGAGCCUUAAUGAGAAAGAAGAGAUAA